UUUAUACAGCACCUCUCAGCUCCCUACCUUUUGUGCUGGAGAUAGACCACAUCAACCCAGCAACUUGAAUCCUUUCUUAGACCUCUGCCAGAUUAUCCCUCUACAAUACCGGUUUCCUGAAUUUUAGAGAACUUCUUCCCACCUCUACGCGACCCGACGACGCAAACAUGGCGGACCUGAACACUGGCACAAACAUCAUGCUCUCCGAGGCCGAAACCCAACGGAAGGGUGGCAGCGAACAUGCCAUCCCGGGGGCCUUCCCUCCGACGCCUGGAACCUCUACCGUGCCCAGUGACUUCAUCGGCGACUCACAUGUUGCGGAGGCCAACAGGUCCGUGCCACCUCGUCAAGCCACCACUGGAGUCUCGCAGCCUGCGGCGACCAGCAGCCCUAUCGAAACCCACCCCACGCCGCCUCCUCAGGCCAUAACUGGAGACUCGCAACCCACGGCCAUCAGUACCGCUGUCCCAUCUUACCCUGUGCCACCUCGUCAGACCGACACUGGGGCCGGCAACGUCGCUCCCUCGACUGGCCUCCACCAGCGCAUCCCGCGCCAUGACGAGAACCCCGCCGAUCGCUUCAAGGGAGUUCAGCAGAAUUCGGUGCCUAGUGAGCGGAGCCCUGUGAGCGACCAAGACAAGCCCGUCAACGACACCGUCAAGCCUGCGGAGCUCGCUCAGGAAGUUGGCGAGGGCGCUGCCACAGCCGCUGUGGCCGGUGGCAUUGCCGCCAAAGAUGCCGCAAUCUGGACCAAGGACAGGGCGGUGGAGAACUACCCCGCCGCCCGAGACGCGGUUGCUGAGAACGCAACCUGGGCCAAGGGCCGUGUCGUCGAGAACUAUCCUGCUGUGAGGGACCAGACGGUGAAGGCUGCCUCCACGGCAGGCAACACUGCUUACGCUGGAGUCGCCACGGCCGCUGCCACCAUUGCAAGCACCGCCCAGGCAGCCUACAACGCCGCGACCGGUGCGGCCACAGAGGAUACACAGGCCAACACUCUUCCUCCAGCUUCGGAUGUUCCCGAGCCUGUCAAGGACUCGAUCGCUGCGGCCGGGAAAUCGCCCGAGGCCGCCGCGAACCCAGUAGCUGUCGAUGGCAAGCGUGCUCUCGAGUCGGAGCUGCUGGCCACUACCGGCUCCGGGCCAGGGAAGAAAAUGGACACAACCGCCAGCAUCGCGCCCAAAGAAAACAAGCCAUCCGCUCUGGAGGGCAGGGGCCCCUUUGCCGGACACAUGCCCAACCGCACCGAGAGCACCGACUUCGUCAAGAUCAUCGGCACCGAGACGUACAAGCCGCACAGCAGCCCUGGACUAGAAGCCGCUACGCAGGAGAUCAAACCCGCGCACGGCGACGCUGGCAAGAUCACUAGCGAUGCCGUCUCAAACCAGGGCGGCAUGGUACAGGAGCCCGAGACGUCCUACACCCAUGAUAAGAACACCUCGGGCCGUAGCGACAAGUACCCUCAAGGAACGGGCAUCAGGGGCCAGUCUUCGGGGAUCGUGGGCGGGACGCCGAGGUCGGUACGCAGCUUAGAGGGCGACCACGUCGCCCCUCCGACGGGCACCUCUGCGCAGGCUCCCGGACACGGCCCGACCGAGGGAAACCCUCCGAGCUACAGCCGGUCUCAGGAGCAGGGUCAGGCUCCCGCCAAGACCACGGUUGGAAACAACGCGGUCAAGGAGGUUGAGUACAACAAGCUGUCGUCUGGCACUCAGUCGGGUGUGGCCGGUACAAACUACACCUCCUAGUAGCAUUUGGCGACCGCAGAAACACGCGAGACUUGUAUGAUAAUGUGAUUCGGGAUAUUUCAUAGCGUAGCAAUUGGAAUGCAUUCAAUGACGAGAA